AUGGCCGCAAUCCACAUUGCUGCAAUACUCGCAACUGCAGGUAUGAUUUUACUCUGGGAUGUUGACUCGGGACUUGCUCAAAUUAACAAAUACUUUCAUAGUAAUGAUAAUCAUGUCAAUGCUGGUGCAUUAUUGGGAGUUAGAAUUGUCAAUUGUGGUAUCAAGAAUGACUGUGGUCCUGCAUUGGCACUUCUAGGUGACUGUACACAUAGAAAAGACACUUCAAUCAGGAUUGGUGCAAUUAUGGGUUUGGGAAUUGCAUAUGCUGGUUCCCAGAAUGAGCAGCAUUUCAAAGUCAAAAGCAAGUCGGUGAUCAAGGCUAAAGAAAUCUCCAAGGAUCGCAAAACACCACAAAGCCACACUAGCAAUUUGGCAAACGUUUGUCUAAUUGUUCUUUUGACUGAAUCAGAACUCGUUAAGAAAAUUGUUGGAGACGUUUUGCGAAAAUUGACUCCUAGUUACCGAAACCAACUUAAAGGUCUGGUAGGAAUUGAGGAUAGUUGUGAAGAAAUUGAAUCAGUACUGAAAAUUGGGUCAACUGAAGUUAUAACCAUUGGAAUAUGGGGUAUGGGUGGCAUAGGAAAGACCACCCUAGCUACUACUUUGUAUGCAAGAUUGUCUCCUUGGUUUGAAGGUUGUUGUUUCCUAGAAAAUGUAAGGGAAAAUUCAAGCAGUCAUAAUAGACUUGAAGCUUUACGUAACAAACUUUUCGCCAAGUUGUUACAGAUCGAAAAUCAUUGUUUUGAUCCGAAUUUUGUGAGGCGUAAGCUUAAACAUAAAAAGGUUUUCAUUGUGUUGGAUGAUGUGGUCACCUUGCAACAAUUAGAAUAUCUAAUUGAAGAUUAUGAUUUUUUGGGGCCAGGAAGUAGAGUCAUUGUUACAACUAGAGAUAAACAAAUUUUUAAUCUAGUUGAUGAAGUAUAUAAGGUCAAGGAAUUGAGUUCUGAUCAAUCUCUUCAACUUUUAUGUUUGACUGUUUUUGGAGAAAAACAACCUAAACAUGGAUAUGAAGAUCUUUCAAGAAGUGUAGUUUCUUAUUGCAAAGGUGUUCCUUUAGCUUUAAAGGUUCUGGGUGCAAGUCUUCGCCGAAGAAGUGAAGAGGUAUGGGAAAGUGAAUUGGGAAAGCUCCAAAAGAUCCCAAAUAUGCAAAUUCAUAACAUUUUAAAAUUGAGUUAUGAUGGCUUAGAUCAUUCUCAAAAGAACAUCUAUUUAGACAUUGCAUGCUUACUAAAAGGAGAAAGAAGGGAUUUGGUAACAAGUUUACUAGAAGCUUGUGGUUUCUUUGCAAUAUCUGGGAUAGAAGUCCUUUUGGACAAAGCUCUCAUAACAAUUUCAAAUUACAAUGAAAUAGAAAUGCAUGACUUGAUACAACAAAUGGGUCAAGAAAUUGUUCAUCAAGAAUCCAUCAAAGAUCCUGGAAGACGGAGUCGAUUAUGGAAACAUGAUGAAGUGUACGAAGUAUUGAAAUAUAACAAGGGAACAUAUGAUGUUGAAGGGAUAAUUUUAAAUUUGGAUACAUUAACUGAGGAUCUGUGUUUGAGCUUUGAUUGCCUUGCAAAGAUGGCUAAUGUGAGAUUUCUUAAAAUUCAUAAAGUGCGAUACUGGGAUGAGUACAAAUUUAAUUUGUACCUUCCUCAUGGUCUCAAGUCAUUGUCUAAUAAAUUGAGGUACCUUCGCUGGGAUGGAUUUUGUCUCGAGUCUUUGCCAUCUAACUUUUGUGCUGAACAACUUGUAGAGCUUCACAUUUCCUUGAGCAAGGUUAAAAGGCUUUGGGAUGGAGUUCAGGAUCUUUCGAAUUUAAAGACAAUUCGCUUACAUGACUUGCCAGAGCUAAUUGAGAUCCCAGACUUGUCUAUGGCAAGAAAACUUGAACAUAUUUCUCUUAUGGAUUGUAUAAGUUUGUGUGAGCUCCAUCCAUCCAUCGUGUCUCUCCCUAACCUAACAGAGAUGGGAUUAUUUCGAUGUUCAAGGAUUGAAAUCCUUAAAGUUCAUUCAAAAUCUCUUCGUAUACUUGUCGCCUAUGAUUGUUCAUCUCUCAAGGAAUUCUCAAUUACAUCAAAGGAAAUGGUUUGUUUGAACUUACGUAAAACCACUAUAAGUGCAUUACCGUCAUCAAUUUGGAAUAAUAGGAAACUUAGUGAUCUUCAUCUAACAGUCUCAAACAAUCUUGAAAGGUUAUCAAAGGAAGGAGGAAUGGGGUCGAUUACAACACUAAACCAUUCCGAGUGCAUGAAGCACAAUGCAUGGAAUAUGCCAUUCUUACAACCACUCCAUCACAACUUCGGCAACUUAUCGUUUUUAGAAACAUUAUGGCUAACUGGAAUUAAUGAUGUGAGCUUGAUUGCCAACAUCCAAAACCUUUCAUUGUUGAAAUUACUUUACCUGCUAAAUUGUCAGAAAUUUGUGUCUUUGCCACAGCUUCCACCAUCACUGAGAGAGCUUCAUUUAAGUGAUUUAAGGGAACUCGUGUCUCUGCCACAACUUCCAUCAUCACUAAGAGUGCUUCAUUUAAGUUAUUUAAGGGAACUCAUGUCUCUGCCACAGCUUCCACCAUCCCUUAAAUACCUUUGGUUAGAUGACUGUAGGAAACUCGUGUCCCUACCACAGCUUCCACCAUCCGUGACAUAUGUGAGAGCCAUUAAUUGCACUUUUCUAGGGACAGAUUUCACUCAACGGAUAGCAUUACAACACAUCUUGAGUCACUCACAGAGUACUGACUGCGAAACAUGUUUCAUGUUCUCAGGAGACCAUGUGACCGACAAGUGUGAGUUUCAAAAAGCAGGGACUUCAAUAACUAUUCCUUACCUCUCACCGUCGAACUUGUGUGGUUUCAUUUGUUCCCUUGUUCUUUAUAGGGGAUCAUACGGUGGUCUUGUUUCGUGUUCUAUCUAUCAAGAUGACGAAGAGGACUUCGACUACUAUUACUCAGUCCCCAAAAAUCUAACUUCAGAUCACAUUUUAUUUCAGUAUUUUAAACCAGAAGAUCUUUCCAAUGACGUACCAUUUAAAUUUGAAUUUCAUUUCUAUGACCGGGAUAGUGAUAAAGAUUAUGGUCAAGAGAGAAUAAAAGAGUGUGGAGUCUUCCCGGUGUAUGCCUCAAGCAUAGAAAUUGGAGUUGGAGCAUCUAAUGCUGAAAAUGAAUUGGAAUCCAUUUCUCAAAUCAAUAAUAAUGAGUCACAGCCUACUGAAAAUGGAGAUGCAGUUGGAGUUGGAGUUGGAGGCUCUAAUAAUUAA